AAGGAAGACUUUUUGAUAAACGAGAGUUGCAGCGCGACUUCCAGGCACCCUCUAAAGACCUUCCUCCUUUCUUUUUUGUAAUCAUUUGAAUUUGUUUUAAAAUUCCUCAUUUUUUUUUGCUUUCUUUCUCUCUCUCUCUUCUUCCUCCAUCACCUUCCUGGGAAGCUUGCCAUUUUCCCAUGUGUGCAGAUAAAGAGAGAAAACUAUACUUUUUCUGAAUUCCUUUCAUACUUAAUCUGGGUCUUUGUUUGAUUUUGUUCUUGCUAUAAUUAGUAGCUCUGUGAUUUUGCUUCAAUUUCCUCUGUUUCUGCUGUCUCGGUGCAAAACUCAGAUGGGAAAUUGCUUGGGUUCUUCUGCACAAGUGGAUAAUUUCAACUCUAAUCCUACUUCGGCCUCAGGAGUCUCAAAAGUUGGUAGUGGUGGAAAGAUAGGCCACUCCUCAAACCUUUCUAGUCCGAUUGUUUCAACAUCAAGUGUCAAAAGCAACAAUCAAAGUCUUCCUACUGCAAGAUCUGAAGAUGAAAUAUUGUCUUGUCCUGGUUUGAAAGCCUUCACCUUCAAUGACCUUAAGACUGCCACAAAAAAUUUCCGUCCUGACAGCCUCAUCGGAGAAGGUGGUUUUGGUUAUGUUUUCAAGGGAUGGAUUGAUGAACAGACACUCUGUCCUGCAAGACCUGGAUCUGGAAUGGUUAUUGCUGUCAAGAAGCUUAAACCUGAAGGUUUCCAAGGCCAUAAAGAGUGGCUGACAGAAGUAAACUAUCUUGGACAGCUACAUCAUCCUAAUCUGGUGACACUUAUUGGAUAUUGCGUUGAUGGCGAUCAUCGGCUUUUGGUGUAUGAGUUUUUACCCAAGGGAAGCCUAGAAAAUCAUUUAUUCAGAAGGGGGCCUGAGCCAGUCUCCUGGGGAACAAGGAUUAAAGUAGCUAUAGGUGCUGCAGAAGGACUCUCUUUCCUUCAUGAUGCUGAAUCACAAGUCAUAUAUCGCGAUUUCAAGGCAUCAAAUAUCUUGCUGGAUGCGGAGUUUAAUGCGAAGUUGUCAGAUUUUGGUUUGGCAAAGGCAGGCCCCACAGGAGAUCGUACUCAUGUGUCAACUCAGGUCAUGGGCACUCAGGGUUAUGCAGCACCAGAAUAUGUAGCUACAGGUCGGCUUUCAGCAAAGAGUGAUGUGUACAGUUAUGGGGUUGUUUUGCUAGAACUAUUGACUGGACGGCGUGCACUUGACAAAUCAAGAGUUGGUGCAGAGCAGAGUCUGGUGGACUGGGCAAAGCCAUAUUUAGGGGACCGAAGAAAGUUAUUCAGAAUUAUGGAUACCAAACUGUUAGGCCAAUAUCCCCAAAAAGCAGCUUACACAGUUGCUACACUUGCUUUACAGUGUCUUAAUCCUGAACCAAGAUCAAGGCCUAAAAUGUCAGAGGUCUUAGAGGAACUGAAGAAGCUGCAAGACUUGAAAAAUGCAAAUAAAGGUUUCAAGAACAUUUCCAGCCCCAUGAGAUCUCCAAUGAGUAACCAUCAUUCUCCCAUGCAGUUUACCACUUCGGCUUCCCCGUUGUCAUCUCAUCGUCAAUCUCCCCGUGUUCGUUGAUGAUGGAGAUACUCCGAUUCCAUUCAAUGUUUGUUGCCUUCCAAAAUGUAUGUAUAUAUUGCUAGUACAUCCCUCCCUCCCUGUAGAAGGCUGCCUCUGGCUUCAACCUUAGGUAAUGUUUUACUGUCACCUGCCCUCUUUCUCUGAUAUUAUGGUCUAGAGAAGUCAAGUUUUGUAUUUUUUUUUUAUAUAUCUUUAUUUUUGGGGUGUGGUGUCAGUUCUCUGUUGUAUGUAUCUGUGAAAUAUGCCAAAGUAUUUAGGAGCUUAAAAUGCUUCUGGAAUGCGUCUGUUGUAUUACUAACCAUAUGAUUUUAACAUUUUGAGUGAAAUACGAAGUACUAGUUUUCCAUUUCAA